AUGGUUCGUUUUUUUUUGAAAAGGGUCCCUUGGGUGAUUUUUUGGAAAAAAAAUUUGAAAAAUGUGCAAAAAUUUGGUGUUGAUAGAUGAACUUUCGAAUUUCUUACAGUAAUUUUGAAAAAAAGUUCCAAAAAAUCUUGUAGAUCAAAAAAUUGUGCACCUUGAGAAUUGUAGGGGUUACUGUAGAAGAAGUACUGUAGGCAUUUCUAAAUAAAUUUGCAUUGAUUACUGUAGAGGUACUGUAGCUUUCACAUUUCUCAGAAAUAAGAGUACUGUAGAAACGAAAAAAUCUGGAAGAUCAAAAAAUUGUGCCACUUGAGAAUUGUAGGGUUACUGUAGAGAUACUGUAGAUCAAAAAUGUUUGGCUGAAAAAUUCUGAAGAUCUAAAAAAAUUACUGUAGCUACAGUACUCCUGGUAGAUCACUGAUUUUCCAUCCCACUGAAUUUCUUCUCCCCCCAAUUCAAAUACGCUCCAAAUGAUUUCGGCUAACUCUCGGGGCAGCAUUUCCGGUUUCCGGUAACACACCUGUUUAGGUUUUGAAUUUGUUGAGGCGUGAACCAACAACAACAACAACAUUUCCGUUAGGAAUACGGGGCCAAAAAUCCCGAUUUUCGGACCUUUUUAGGCCGUUUCAGACCCGAUUUUCAGGCCUUUUUAGGCCCGAUUUUCAGGCCCGAUUUAGGCCCUAAAUCCCUAUCUUUUUUGCAGAGAGAGGUGAUUUCGAUUCAUAUUGGACAAGCCGGUGUUCAGAUCGGAAAUGCGUGUUGGGAGUUGUAUUGUUUGGAGCAUGGUGAGUGCGGCAGACGGCUAGAGGAAGGGGGUUAGAGAAGGAGAGGAAGUGAGAGAGAGAGAGAGUGCAGAGAAGUUAGAGAACACUAGAUAACGAGAGGGUCUAGAGAAGCUAGAGACGCAGAGGGGCUUGCAUAGAGAGCGUAAAAUUUCGAGAGAGUCCAGAGAAGCCAGCGAGCCCCAAAUUCAAAUUCCAGGAAUCCAACCCGACGGUCAAAUGCCUUCGGACAAAUCGCUCGGCGGUUCCGACGACUCAUUUUCGACGUUUUUCUCGGAAACCGGAUCCGGAAGACAUGUUCCACGAGCUGUUAUGGUCGAUUUGGAGCCGACUGUUAUUGGUAGGACAUUUUUUUUUGAAUUCGGGGAGGUUCCUGGGCUCGAAAAGGCUUCAAAAAUCGACUCUAGGCCUAAAAUUUGCCAUGGAAAACUUCCUGGGCCUAAAAAGGCUUCAAAAAUCGACUCUAGGCCUAAAAUUAGUCAUGGAAAACUUCCUGGGCCUAAAAAGGCUCCCAAAAUCGAUUCUAGGCCUAAAUUUUACCCCAGAAUCGACUCCGGCCUCAAAAAUCACCCCAAAAAGGCCCUUAGGCCUGAAUUCUAUCUCUGAAAGGUUCCUAGACCCAAAAUGUACCAUGGAAAACUUCCUGGGCUCAAAAAAAUCGACCCCGGGCUCAUUUUUCACCCCCGAUCCAAUCCCGGGCAUCAAAAAUCAUCCCAAAAAGUUCCCAAGCCCUCAUAUUUGUUAUUCAUGACUUUUCCUUGUCUCAGUUUUUGGCGAGGAUCUUCUCAAAAAUUCAUUGAAAAAUAUUUAUAUCUUAUGUUAUAUAUGUAUCUUUGUACUUUUUAUGCUUUUUAUGGGUAGAUCAAAAAAUUGCGCGCCGAAAAAAAAAAAAAUGUUUUUUCGGCUUCUCAGCUUUUUUGGGUUAGAAUGUAAUUAGUUUUCUCUCGUCCUCUUUUUUUUUUUUGAAAAAAAAAGAACAGAAAAAAGAGCCGGCCGGAGCCGGGUUUUUGCACUUUAAUGGAAAAUAAAUGAGAUGAGGAGCAGAAGCAGUAGAAUUCGAAAUUGAUGUUUGCCGAGCAGCACAAAAAUUUGGAGCAUUUUGGGAGGGAAAUUGAAGGGAAAAUGAGUCAGGGAAAGAUUUUGGGGUGAAUUUGAGCCCAGAGGAAGGUUUAGAGGCCUUUUUUGAGCCUGGUGAUAGUUUUGGGCUCAAUUUUAGGCCGAUUAUUGGUUCUAGGGUAAAAAACAGCCCUAAAAUGAAUUUCGGGGAUAAAUUUGAGCCCAGGAAAGAUUUCGGGCCUAAUUAUAAGCCUAGCAUGGAUUUUAGGAACUUUUUAAAGCCUAUACUGUAAGCUGGAAUGAAUUUUAAGCCUAGAGUCAAAUUUAGAGUAAAUUUUAGGGUUAGGAGCAUGUUUAGCGUCAAAUUUGAGCCCUUUCAAGUUUUCUCGGAUAUUAAUUUUAAGCCUGGACCAAUUUUAAGCGUUGGAUUUUUGCGGACAUGAAAAAUUAGCCCAAGUCCAAUUAACUUUCAAGUAAAAUCUAGAUUUUUGGGCUAACACCUCCCAACGGACCAAAAGUCCACUCCGUACCAUAUUUGCAGACGAAAUCCGCACCGGCACCUACCGCUCCCUUUUCCAUCCGGAACAAUUAAUCACCGGUAAAGAAGAUGCGGCAAACAACUACGCUCGUGGACAUUACACCAUCGGAAAAGAGAUCAUCGAUCUAACCUUGGAUCGAAUCCGUAGAUUGGCUGAUAAUUGCACGGGACUUCAAGGAUUCCUUGUUUUCCAUUCGUUUGGCGGUGGAACUGGAAGUGGAUUCACCUCACUUUUGAUGGAAAGAUUAUCAGUGGAUUAUGGGAAGAAGGCGAAACUGGAAUUCUCGAUUUAUCCAGCUCCCCAAGUUUCGACAGCAGUUGUUGAACCUUAUAAUUCGAUUUUGACAACUCAUACAACUUUGGAGCACUCAGAUUGCUCAUUUAUGGUUGACAACGAAGCGAUCUAUGACAUCUGUAGACGCAAUUUGGAUAUUGAACGUCCUAGUUACACGAACUUGAACCGCCUCAUCGGCCAGAUUGUUUCCUCAAUCACAGCAUCACUGCGAUUCGAUGGAGCCUUGAAUGUGGAUCUCACUGAAUUCCAGACCAAUCUUGUGCCAUAUCCCCGAAUUCAUUUCCCACUCGCCACUUUUUCGCCGGUUAUUUCGGCCGAAAAGGCGUAUCAUGAGCAAUUGUCGGUGGCCGAGAUCACGAAUAUGUGUUUUGAGCCGCAUAAUCAGAUGGUGAAGUGCGAUCCGAGACAUGGAAAAUAUAUGGUGAGUUGGGGCUGCUAGAGUCUAUUCAUUAUAUGAAUCAUAAUGGUCUAAGACGAACAGAAUGAUAUAAAUUUUGAUGACUUUACGUUAUCCAUAGGUGAUUUAACGAGGUUUAGUCGAUAAGCCGAGUCGAUCGAUUAAACGUCGCUAAAUCACUUAUGGAUAACGUAAAGUCAUCAAAAUUUAUAUCAUUCUGUUCGUCUUAGACUAUUAUAUCCUAUGAAUAACAUUAAAACCCAAUAUUUCAACUGAGUUUCUUAAAAAACUUGAAAAUGUCAUUUAGUCGAUGCCCAACUAUUGUCGAAAUUGAAAAAUGUGGCCGCCGUAAAAAGUGAAAACCAACUGAAUGAAUGAAAACAACUGGACUUCGUCAGUCGCGUGCGGUUGUGCGGCGCGGUCGGAAAAGAAGGGAAGAAAAUGAAUCAUUGUUUUCGGGCCGCGCCGCACAGCCGCACGCGACUGACGAAGUCCAGCACUGAUUUUCAUUUUUACGGCGGCCACAUUUUUCAAUUUCGACAAUAUACCUCACAGUAAAUGUUUUCCUCAGGCCGUCUGCCUUCUCUUCCGCGGUGACGUCGUUCCAAAAGACGUCAACGCCGCCAUCGCCACCAUCAAAACCAAGCGAAGCAUUCAAUUCGUCGACUGGUGUCCAACCGGUUUCAAAGUCGGCAUCAACUACCAGCCACCUACUGUAGUGCCGGGCGGAGACUUGGCCAAAGUUCCACGAGCUGUAUGCAUGUUGUCGAAUACAACUGCGAUUGCUGAAGCCUGGGCUAGACUAGAUCACAAAUUCGAUUUGAUGUAUGCCAAGAGAGCGUUUGUGCAUUGGUGAGUUAGGAAAAAGUUUUCGGCACCAAACAGAAAAUCCCUUUCCAGGUACGUUGGAGAAGGUAUGGAAGAAGGAGAAUUCUCAGAAGCUCGUGAAGAUUUAGCGGCUUUGGAGAAAGAUUAUGAAGAGGUUGGAGUUGAUAGUUUGGAGGAUAAUGGUGAAGAAGGGGACGAAUAUUAA